CCAUUACUAACCUUCCAAACACUCCAGGCCCUAAACCCAAUUUCCCGUAAAUAAACCAAAGGUGCUUCAGCGAUCUCAGCAAAACGAUAUGGCGUGCAACUCAGCAGGUUGCAAGUCCGGGUGCGACGGCUACAGCGAGGAUGGAGAGAAAGAACACGAGAGUCGUCCGACGACUGAUUGUAACGGAGACGCGCCGGUUUCAAACAGCACCGAGCCUUCUCGCAACCGCAUCUGCGUAAAAUGUAAAACUAAUGAAACAAUCGCUGCAAGUGGCGUCGGCGCCGGUCUUAGAGGAGAUGGAGGAAGGUUCUGUGCUGAUUGUUUCAAAAGUAAUCUGUAUUGGAAGUUCAGGUUUUCUGUUACCUCCAAUGAUAUGAUAUCUCCUGCCGAUAACGUCCUUGUAGCCUUCUCCGGCGGCCCCUCUUCCAGGGUGGCUCUUCACUUUGUAAGUGAGAUGCAGGAUAAAGCUCAGAAGAAUUUUGAAGCCAGUAGGGACCGAGCAUUACCCGUUUUUGGUGUUGGGAUUGCCUUUGUUGAUGAACAAUCAGUCUCGGCAAUCCCUCAUCACGAAUUUGAUAAAGCAAUUGAACAAAUGAAACUGAUCGUUUCAAAUCUUGCCCCACCACUGAAACAAUUCCAUGUUGUCCGUACUGAGUCUGUGUACUCAUUAAAACCUGCUGAUGGAAGAGAGCGACUGAAAAAGUUGAUUGAUGUCAUUACUGAUACGACAGGAAAAGAAGAUCUCUUGGAGCAUAUGCGUAUGUUGGCCUUGCAAAAGUUUGCUAUUGAAAAUGGAUAUACCAAAAUUGUGCUAGGAAAGUGCACAUCAAGGAUUGCUUGUCAUGUGCUUGAAGCAACUGUCAAGUUCCUUUCAAAUCACACAAGAGCUAAAAGUUGAUGCAUUGCUAUUAUCUUCUGCCAGGGAAAAGGUUACUCCUUAGCUGCGGAUAUCCAGUAUGUUGAUGCAAGGUGGGAAGUUCCAGUACUGUCCCCCCUCCGUGAUUGUUUUUCUCAUGAGAUAGAUUUGCUGUGCUGCCUGGAAAGUUUAAAGACAGUGAAAUUGUUUGACCAUCCACGUUCAGGCAUCAAUGGUCUGGUCUCCUCAUUUGUGAAAUUAUUGCAGGAGGAGAAUCCGUCCAGAGAGAGCACAAUUGUAAGAACGGCUGGAAAGCUUACCCCUUUUCAUUUCAAUAGGAUUCCCGAAGAUGAUAUAUGUCAUGGUCCAACAGCAUCUCAGAGGAGACGGAAGAAACAAAAUCUCAAAACAGACCCUCUGAUUUCCCAAGAGUCAUUCUGUCCUAUUUGCAAUAGCCCAGUCAAAAUGUCUGACAUAGUAAAUAUGACACGUUCUGAAAAUGUUCAAACCAGUAUGGAUCUUUUGGAGUUAUGCUGCCUGAGUUGCCGGUUUCAGAUUUUACCUGCAGAGAUCUCAUCUACGAACUCUUUUUAUUCACUCCUACCAGAUCCAAUAAUUUCUCGAGCAAAAGAUGUGAGCUCUAUCAAUCAAAGCCUCCUGCUAAGAGAGCAGAUAGAGGACUGCUUGCUAUCAGACACUGAAGACGAGACCUAAACAUGUGUAUGCAGUGUAUUGUCUACAAAGAGAGAAUCUGGCAUGAAGUCAUAGACUCGGUUUAAGUGGAAAAUUUAGUGUUCAUCCCAAAAAGAUUUGGAAAAUUCAAUCUGUGUUUCUAAUUAAUUUUUCCUAAUUUUGGAUAUGUUAUUAUUUUCUAGCAAUUUUUAUGUUAGAUGUAUGCUCACCUCACUUUGCAAGAUUGACUUCAUGUUCGUUUAGUAACAUGGGUAAGUUAAAGAAAAAAUGUUGUGACUAAUCUUACUUUGAGAAGUUUAAUGGAUGGGUUAAAACUAG